AUGCUUCCAAGCUCUCCGGGCACACUCAUCUUCUCCCGAAUCUUCGCCUGGUACUUCCGAAGUAUUGCACCUCUCAGCAUCGGAUAUUGGUUCCUCGUAACUUUCAGUCUGCUCCCAUUCAGACGGCUUCCAACUCCGCUGGAGAUAUGGGUCCUUGCCGAGUCCUUGUUCUACUUGGCGGUGUACCUGCCUAUGUCACACACAGUACAUGGAGCUGCCCUGAAAAUCGAGACCAGUACCCGAAGCCAGCGCCUUGAUCUGUACAACAAGUGUAUCUCGACCAUCACCGACCCAGUAAGAUACGUCUCGCUCUGGCAUCGAGGUGCGCCGAUCGAGAGUAUCGGACGCGAGAACAUCAAAGAGUGGAUUUGCUGGGCUUUCUUAGACAUAGGAUUUGGAGGGCCUGAUGAGAAUGAAGAACUCGAAGAGUAUGUUGAUACCAUGGAAGGCAUACUUCCAGACGGCAUGAAGUUCCGCCCUGGCAAGAAUCCGGCUGUGAGAACGCUGAGGUUCUCGUUGGAUCCAGUCAACAUUUCGCAUAAGCCACUUCUAUUCUAUGUCUUGGGCGUUGGAGGAGCUGAUAUUUAUGCUGCUCUCAUCAUGUGGUAUCAUGGAUACCAACACUACGCAACCAAGAAAUGGUUUGCCAGUUUUCCGUUUCGUCCACAGACACUUUUGUCCCCUCAGAAGUCUCCGGCAAAGCACAUAUCAUACUGGUAUCGUCCUCACACCUCUAAAACCAAACUUCCAAUCCUCUAUAUCCAUGGCAUUGGCAUCCUCCACACUUACGGAGACUUCUUCGCUGAGCUCGCCAUCACCCUUGACCAGGAGUACAGUCCUGAAGAUGGCCAAAUCGGUAUCAUUGUCCUCGAGAUCCUUCCAAUCUCGUUUCGAAUGACCCAUGCAGCGCUCUCAGCAGCAGACAUGCGAUCCGAGAUUCGCUCUAUCCUUAAUCAACAUUCCUGGUCUCAAUUCGUUCUUAUGGCGAAUUCAUAUGGCACCAUCAUUUCGGCACAAAUGCUUCGCGAAUCGUCACUGAAUGCCCGAAUAAGCGAUGUGAUAUUCAUCGACCCCGUAUCCUUCCUUCUACACCUCCCAGACAUGACUUAUAAUUUCACACGGCGUCCACCGCAGUCAGCUUCGGAGCAUCAACUGUAUUACUUUGCUUCAACGGAUAUGGGAGCAGCCCAUACACUUGCUCGAAGAUUCUGCUGGCCUGAUAACAUUCUCUGGAAAGAGGACCUGAAAACUCGUCGCUGGACAAUCAUGCUAAGCGAAUUGGACAUUAUCGUUGCAGCGGAUGCUAUUGGAAAAUAUUUGACUCGACCCAAGGGAGUCAAGGCAAUCGAUGAUGAUCGAGACGGAAGCGAGUGGAAGACCACAAAAUGGACUGGUGGAUCACUGGAUGUGAUGUGGCUCAAGGGACUGAACCAUGCUGAGGUAUUUGACACAGAGCGAGACAGGAAGAUGUUGAUCGAUAUUGCAUUAAACUAUUCGGAAGGCAAGACUAGAAAUGUUGCUGAGAGAUCAGAUGAGUUUGCGGACUUUGUGGAGAAGAGCUUGCUCUUCAAAGCAUCUCCAGCGAGGUUUGCGAGUACUUUUGGUUUGGACCGAACCAUGAGCUGGAAUCCAGAGGAUGAUGGUUCAUCAAUUGCAAGGGCAAAUAGGAGUUUAAAGAUACAUUGUAGCUAG